AGAGAGAGAGAGAGGAGGCGGGGAUCUAAGAGACUACGCCGGCUGAGUUAGGAAACGUGGCCUUAAGAGAGAUUUCAGCUCAGCUCAAUGAGAAGCGUACACAGCUGACGUUCUCAGUGCAUCUGUAUUUAAGGUUCGCAGUGUUCGAAGGCGUUGGAACAUGGCUGACGUGGAGCAGAACGCAGCGGUGCCGGACGCAGCCGCUAACGGGUCGGAUGCAGUGAACGGGACCGCGGGCCGGUUCGUGUCCAGCGCCGAGGGCACCGCGCUGGCGUACGGCAGCUUGCUGCUCAUGGCCCUGCUGCCCAUCUUCUUCGGAGCGCUCAGGUCCGUGGGCUGCUCCAAGAGCAAGAAUGCUUCAGAUAUGCCCGAGACCAUCACUAGCAGAGAUGCUGCUCGAUUCCCCAUCAUUGCCAGCUGCACUCUCUUUGGCCUCUAUCUCUUUUUCAAGAUUUUCUCACAGGAGUACAUUAACUUGCUGCUGUCCAUGUAUUUCUUUGUGCUGGGAAUAUUAGCGCUUUCUCACACAAUGAGUCCCUUUAUGUGCAGAGUUUUCCCUGCUACCUUGCCAAAUAAGCAAUACCAGCUGCUGUUCACCCAGGGCUCUGGAGAAAGCAAAGAGGAGAUCGUCAACUAUGAGUUUGACACAAAGGAUCUGAUAUGCCUCGGAAUCAGCAGUGUAGUCGGGGUCUGGUACGUCCUCAAAAAGCAUUGGAUAGCCAAUAACCUGUUUGGUUUGGCUUUUGCCCUGAAUGGAGUUGAGUUGCUCCACCUCAAUAAUGUCAGCACUGGAUGCAUCCUGCUGGGAGGUCUGUUUGUUUACGAUGUGUUUUGGGUUUUUGGAACCAAUGUUAUGGUGACGGUUGCCAAGUCUUUUGAAGCCCCAAUUAAGUUGGUUUUCCCACAAGAUUUGCUGGAGAGAGGUUUGGAUGCCAGUAACUUUGCCAUGUUGGGACUGGGGGACAUUGUCAUUCCAGGAAUCUUCAUUGCUCUGCUCCUGCGCUUUGAUGUCAGUUUGAAGAAGAAUACACGAACGUACUUCUACACCAGUUUCCUGGCUUACAUUUUUGGCCUGGGUCUUACCAUAUUUGUUAUGCACACCUUUAAACAUGCUCAGCCUGCUCUGCUGUACCUGGUCCCUGCUUGCGUUGGCUUUCCAGUGCUGCUAGCCCUGUUUAAAGGAGAACUGACCGAGAUGUUCAGCUAUGAGUCUUCAGACGAGGUUUUGCCCCACACGCCGCGGCUCACUCAUUUCCCCACUGUGUCUGGCUCUCCAGCUAGUCUGGCUAACUCCAUGCAGAGUUUUGGCCUGUCGACCCCCCACCGCCGCCGACACACACCCUCCGACAUGUAACAACCGAGUUCUGCUUUUCCGUUACCGUGUGCUCCCGCCUGUGCAGAUACGAAGAGUCUUCACCAGAGGAGGCGGCAUCUAAAGAGGAAAUAACAGAAUCUGAUAAAGACAAAUAAAAGAGCGGGUUAAGCCCUUAGUCAUGUCCUAGUGAUGUGCUCAUGUUUAUUUUAAUGAUGUACAACAGCUUGCUCAGUGCCUGUGUGUUCUUCUUGUUCAUUUCGUUCAAUUCAUUUCAACUUCAACGUUUUUUUUUUUUUUUUUUUUUUUCCAAGGUUUUAUUUUAUUAUUAUUAUUAUUAUUAUCAUUGUACAGUAUUUGACCAGGGUAGAAGUUAGGCUUUCUGAAUGUAAUGUGUCAGAUUGCUCUACAGAUUUAUUAAAAAUCUGAUGUCACAAGUCCGGUACCUAUUCCUGUGUAGCUGGUUUCUGUUACUGGUUUUACUGUAUGAUCUCAGAAGAGAUUUCAUUUGUGAAACGUAAGUAAUAUUCCAUCUUUUAGUACAUGAAGGGACAAAAGCAUUUGGGAUAAAAUUUGUACUUUUAUGCAAGUGUAAACAAAAAUGGGACCAAAUAUCUCCCUAUUACGUGAAGCUAGUGUUUACAUGUGAUGUUUUUCUGGCUGUAGUUGAAGGGAUCCGAGUUUAGUUUUCUAUGCCAUAUUUGUUUGUACACCUCAUGCUUUGCUUGGUAAGCAUCAUUUUACAGUCUCCUCUUGUGUAAUCUUUAUCUCAAUGUCAAAGUGUACAAGUUUGAGCUUACUUGAGGAGCAUUUCUUUCUCAGUUGAACUUUUUAUUUGCAUUAAACUGUGGUUUACACCACUGUACAAAAGCA